AAAACACUUAAUAUUUUCGGAAUGUUUAUUAUAUAUAUAAACAAAAGUAUUAGCGUACCUUUAGUUAUAUGUGCUUAUAUACCAAGAUGAUAGCAAAAACGUUGUGUUUUCUUCUAGUACUUUUCUAUAGCCACCAAGCUUAUGGAAGGAGUAGCCAAGGUGACCUCCUUGAAUGGCAGGAUUAUGAUCCUGAUACAAUCCCUGACGAUGCAAUCCCUUCCGGUGAAACUAUGGACAACGAGGAUAUUUAUAUUGGAUUAGUGCACUUCAGUAAUGAAAAAUUUGAAGGUUUUAUACCUACGAAUAUUGUCGCGGGACGAAAAUGUGUGCAUAUUGUUGUAGGUUUAGAAGACAUCGAAAAAAUCUGCGAUAAUAUUAAGAUCCUGGUUGGAAAAAAUGAUUACUUAGACAAAAUCUACUGGGAGUACGCUCGACCUUCUUAUUUCGGAUCACUCUUUGACUCAGACGAUUUCCGCCCAGUCCGAGCUGGAUGGGAAGUACAGUCCCUCAGUUACAAUUCCUCGGUCUAUCUUGGAAGACAGUAUUUUGGUGGUCAAAAUUGGGUAGGGAAAAUCUAUAACAGCUACCCCAAAGAAGAUGAAAAUGGUGUAACUGUUUUUUCUUACGAGCAAUAUCGCAGUCCAGAUACAGUUGAAAUUGGGAAAGGCGCUUUAUUUGAAGUUUUGUUAUUUAAAUAUUAAUAAUAAAGUCAUUAUGUCAUAAAAAAUAAAUGACAUGUUAGUAUAAAAA